GUCACCUCUGCUUCUCCCUUUACGCGCUCGGUCGCCAUACUUCGCGUUUUCAAUCGCGAAGAGUUGUAUUUUAUAUUCCAUUAAUUUCCAAGGAAUCCUUUGAUUCCUCGAUCGGAAUAAUGGUGCAGAAGAAGCCCAAGAAGAAGGUAGGAAAGAAGGUCGCAGCUGCUCCUUUGGCAGUGAAGAAAGUUGAACUGAAGAAGCAGACGAAUCCAUUGUUCGAGAAACGUACUCGUAACUUCGGAAUUGGCCAGGACAUCCAGCCAGCUCGUGAUCUGAGCAGAUUCGUCAAAUGGCCCAAGUAUAUUCGCAUCCAGCGUCAACGGGCUGUCCUCCAAAAACGUUUGAAGGUUCCACCUCCAAUCAACCAAUUUACCCAGACCCUUGACAAACAAACUGCAACACAGUUGUUUAAAAUCCUCGAGAAGUACAGGCCAGAAUCUGCUGAAGCCAAGAAGAGGAGGCUGAAAGCCAGGGCUGAGGAGAAGGCUGCCAAGAAGGAAGACACACCAACCAAGAGGCCAAAUGUCGUUCGCAGUGGAACCAACACUGUCACUACCCUCGUCGAGCAGAAGAAAGCACAACUCGUUGUGAUUGCUCACGAUGUUGAUCCCAUCGAGGUCGUUCUCUUCCUCCCCGCUCUAUGUCGUAAGAUGGGGGUGCCAUACUGCAUCAUCAAGGGAAAAGCUCGUCUUGGACGUCUCGUAAGACGUAAGACUUGUACUGCGGUUGCCCUCACACAGGUGGACUCUGCUGACCGAGCCAACUUCAGCAAGGUCGUCGAGGCAAUUAAGACGAACUUUAACGAUCGUCAUGACGAGAUUAGACGUCACUGGGGUGGUGGUCUUCUUGGCAGUAAAUCAGCUGCACGAAUUGCCAAGCUCGAGAAGGCAAAGGCUAAGGAGCUCGCCCAGAAACAGGGUUAAAAAUCCAUUUUCAGGUUUUAUACUCUCAACUGGUCGAUACAAAAAAAAACAAUAAAACCAUAAAAAAAAUUUAAA